GGAAGUAGUUUCUGGGUGCCUCAUCUACUGUAGGACAGAAACCACAGCGUUAUACGGUCAAAAGAUGCAGCUGCUCCUGCUGUCCAGUCUUCUUCUUUUGGGACUAUCUCUGGCCAACGGACAUGACACGGAUCCUGAAGGACAAUUACUGAAUUCUUUGUCUGAAGAUGUAGGCAGACUUAAGGAAAAGGUGAAAGAGUUGGAAAAUGCCUUCUUCACAGUCCAUCGUGCUCGAUCCUUUGGAAGUGGCAGUGAAAGAUUAUACGUGACUAACAAGAAAGUAGGGAAGUUUGGAGAACUCGGAAACAUAUGUACCCAAGCCGGUGGCCGUAUUCCUUCCCCUCAACUCCUAAAUGAGAAUGAGGCUUUCGCAUCUGUUUUGGGGAGGCACAACAAAGAAGCCUAUCUUGAAGUCCGCAACUCAGCCACGUUCACCAACUGGGCUGAGGGAGAACCGAAUAACACAGAUGGAAGCAAGGCGUGCAUAAAAACAGAUGCACAGGGAGCCUGGCACUCUGCGUCCUGUGAAGAAGACCUCUUGGUGGUGUGUGAAUUUUCUUUCAUUUGAGAAGAAGGAAGACUAGCAUCCUGCGCUGGAGAGAGGAGCUACCUAAAAUAUAACAAGCCCAAAGCAAGCCUACCAAGACAUCAAACUUAGAGCACCUACAAACAAUUCCACCUGUGUUGAACCAUGUUCAAGAAUAUUCAAUAAAUGCAUGAAACAAA